GCUGACUCAGUAUUACUCACUAGACCGUAAUUUUGGCUAGCUCUUUGAAUACACUCAAGAUUUAUAUUUGGAAGAGCUGCCAUAAGUUAAUACUCUCUGUAAGCAGUUAAGGUCAAGUAAUGUCAGCGAUGAAGUGGCAAUACAAAGAAGAGAAACCGUUUGAAGUGAGAUCGGCUGAGUCAGCCAAGAUCAGAGAGAAGCACCCAGACAGAGUGCCCGUGAUAGUUGAGAAGGUAGCUGGAGCACGGAUUGCUGAUCUCGACCGCAAGAAGUACCUUGUCCCAGGAGACCUCACAGUGGCCCAGUUCAUGCACGUGCUGAGACAGAGGAUCCAGCUGGGGGCCACUGAGUCCAUCUACCUCAUGGUCAAUGGCGUCACUCCCACCACCAGCUCGAGCAUGUCUGUGAUCUACCAGGAGCACAAGGAUGAGGACGGGUUCGUGUACAUGGCCUACAGUGGAGAGAACAGUAUGGGCUGAACUCAAGAGACACUAUGAACUUGUUCCCCCUAACCCUGUGUGUGUGUGUGUGUCCACUAUUACAUGUACAAUGUGCACUGCUUAUACUGACAAGAGUUGUUAUAACAUAUUUAGUCUGUACAUUUGUCCAUGCAUUGUUUUAUGGCUUGUUUGAAAACAUGUUGUUAGUACGUUGAA